AUGGCAACAUCAACUGGCUUUGAGUUUAGCAGCAUGGUGCAUCAACUCGUCAAGAGUGCACAUGCUGACAAGAACAAGAAAGGCAAAAAGAAAGCCGGAUCGCCGUCGGAUCUACUCACGAUGCCCUAUGAUGGACAUAAAGUCGUUCAACAAUCGGUUGAUGCCUUUAAACAACUUGUCGAAAAAUACCAGAGUGAACACGCAGAAAAGUCAACAACAUCCUCGCUCACAUUUGGUUCCGAUAUCGAAUUCCAUCCGCCAGAGCCAGCGGUUUCGUAUGACGACGAAGUUGAUGAGGAACCUUCGCAAGAGUUAUUGGCCACUGAGUCUGUCAAGGCAGAAAAGCCAAAUUUGGGUGGAGCUAUAUUUGAUCGAAACUGGCUUCUUCAACAAUGCCACAAUUACUUUGGCGCAAGCAACACUGGUGGCAAUCCCCAGCAGCUAUGUGUGAAUAUUUUCACCAUCUUGCGUUCGAAUGACAACGACGACGGUAUUCAGGCUGCCUUGGUCGAUCUCCUCGGUUUUGAUGCUCUUGAGUUGAUUUCCAAUCUGAUUAUGAAUCGCUCAAAAAUUGUGGAUACUAUCAUGAUGACUUCGAGUUAUGUCGCUUCAUCCGAUUAUUCAAAGCAGCAGGGCAAUAAGCGCGGGAUGGCACCUGGUCCUCAAUUCACCGUCCAAUCUGAAGCUGAGCGUCGAGAAGCAAAACUUUUACGAAAGGAGCAUAAAAAGGCAAUGAAAUCACACAAGACGCAAGAAGAAGAUGAAACCGAAACAUCGAUGAGCAUCUUGGGCUUUGAUACAGUCGAUUUGCGACAGGCAAGAGAAAAUGCACUAAUGACUGCAGGUGCAAGACCUCUAGCUAGCACAGGUUUGAAGGCCAGAAAAGAAGAAGUGUAUCCUCAUGUCUACCAGUCAGGAAAAUCUGCUGGUACUUUAUCCAUGUUUGGAACACGAUUCGCUUUACCAGCCGGUUCCGUCCGUGAAGAGUUCGACGACUAUGAGGAAACAACCAUUCCUGUACCAAAAGUUGCUCCUGUUCGUGCUGGUGAACGGCGCAUCUUGAUCAGUGAAAUGGACAAUCUUGCUCGAGGUGCCUUUAAAGCCUAUGAAAGUUUGAAUCGCAUUCAAUCCAUUGUUUAUCCUGUCGCUUAUGAGACGAACGAAAACAUGCUCGUUUGUGCUCCCACUGGUGCUGGUAAAACUGACGUUGCUAUGCUUACGGUACUUCGGUGUCUAUCUCAAUAUUGCUAUCCACCACCUAGCAAAGAAGUAUCGGAUAUCAACUUUAGUAUUGCCAAGGAAGAUUUCAAGAUCGUUUAUGUUGCACCCAUGAAAGCACUUGCUGCAGAAGUGGUCGAAAAGAUGGGCAAAAGACUCAAGUUUCUUGGCGUCAGUGUUCGAGAACUCACUGGUGACAUGCAGCUUACUAAAGCUGAAAUUCAAGCUACUCAAUUUAUUGUUACAACUCCUGAAAAAUGGGACGUGAUUACGCGAAAGGGAACCGGUGAUACUGAGCUUGCUCAGAAAGUCAAGCUUUUGAUUAUCGAUGAAGUGCAUCUGUUGCAUGAGGAUCGUGGUGCCGUUAUUGAAAGUAUCAUUGCUCGAACAUUACGUCAGGUCGAGUCAAGCCAAUCAUUAAUCCGUAUCGUUGGUUUGUCUGCCACAUUGCCCAACUACUUGGAUGUUGCAUCAUUUUUAAGAGUGAAUCCCUAUCAAGGUCUCUUCUUCUUUGAUGGUGGUUUCCGUCCAGUUCCACUUGAGCAGCACUUUUUGGGCAUUAAAGGCAAAGCCAACUCGGUCGCAUCUAAGGAACGGAUGAACAGAGCUUGUUUUGACAAAGUGUCUGAGCUGGUACAACAGGGUCACCAGGUCAUGGUAUUUGUUCAUGCUCGUAAAGAGACUGUUAAAACUGCCCAAAUGUUGCGUGAAGAAGUGGCAGCUGAGGGACUAUCAGAAUUUUUCGAUUGCUCUCUUGAAAGCAAGUUUUCAAAUUACAACAGGGAGGUUGCCAAGUCAAAGAACAAGGAAUUGAAGGAAUUGUUUAAGUUUGGCUUUGGUAUGCAUCAUGCGGGUAUGCUCCGCUCUGAUCGUACCUUAACUGAGCGUAUGUUUGCUGAUGGUGUGCUGAAGGUGCUUUGCUGUACUGCCACGUUGGCAUGGGGUGUAAACUUACCCGCCUACGCUGUUGUCAUCAAAGGAACACAAGUCUACGACUCGCAGAAGGGUAGUUAUGUGGAUUUGUCAAUUCUCGACGUGCUCCAGAUUUUCGGCCGUGCAGGUCGUCCACAGUACGAAUCCCAAGGUGUUGGUUACAUUCUUACCACCCAAGACCGUCUUUCCCACUAUGUCUCAGCUAUUACCCAGCAGCACCCGAUCGAAUCAAAGUUUAUUGAACAUAUCGCAGACAACUUGAACGCAGAAAUCUCUCUAGGCACGGUUACAAAUGUCCAUGAAGCUGUAACCUGGUUAAGUUACACCUACCUCUAUGUGCGUAUGAAGAAGAAUCCAAUGGUCUAUGGUAUGGACCACGGCGAACCAAUCGAGGACCCCUUACUUGGUCGCAAGCGUCAUGAAAUUAUUGUUUUGGCAGCACGUCGACUCGCCAAAUGCCAAAUGAUUAUCUUUGACGAAAACACGGGUUAUCUUACUGCCAAAGAUCUUGGUCGUAUCGCGUCCAACUUUUACAUCCGUCACACUAGUAUUGAAAUCUUCAAUGGCUUUAUGAAGCCGCGCAUGACUGAGGCCGACGUACUGUCUAUGAUGAGUUUGAGCUCGGAAUUCGACAAUAUCAAGUCGCGUGACAAUGAGCACAAGGAAUUGAAGGGCCUUUUGGAUGAUUCAUGCGCUUGUGAUAUCAGGGGUGGUACGGAUUCGACACAUGGCAAAGUCAACAUUCUUUUGCAGUCAUUCAUUUCGAACGCACGUAUUGACGACUUUGCCUUGAUUUCUGAUUGUGCUUAUGUGGCGCAAAACGCUGGUCGUAUUGCUCGCGCACUCUUUGAAAUUGCACUUAAUCGAAAUUGGGGUCCCACUGCCUAUAUUCUGCUAUCCAUCAACAAAGCCAUCGAAAAGCGUAUGUGGACGUUCCAGCACCCGCUACAUCAGAUGGGUUUGCCUAUGGAUAUCCUCAACAAGCUCGAGUCACGCACACACGAAGUAUCGAUCGAGGAAAUGCGCGAUAUGGAACCUUUAGAGCUUGGUGAGCUUGUCCACCACAAACGCAUGGGAGCUACCUUGGCACGCUGCGUGGAUCAAUUUCCCAUGUUAUUGCUGGAUGCACGUAUCGCUCCCGUUACACGCAAUGUGCUGAACGUGGAGCUGACGAUCACGCCCGACUUUACCUGGAACGACCGUGUCCAUGGAUCUGUCGAACCUUGGUGGAUCUGGGCCGAAGAUUCGGAAAAUGUUGAAAUUUACUAUUCGGAAUACUUUUUGUUGCAACGCAAACAGUUCGGUGAGCCGGUCAAGAUAUUGUUCACCGUACCUAUUGUCGAACCACUGCCCUCUCAAAUAUAUAUCCGCGCUGUAUCUGAUCGUUGGCUCGGCGCAGAGACGGUGCUGCCGGUAUCCUUCCAACAUUUGAUCCUGCCUCAAUUGAACCCGCCCCAUACAGACUUGCUUGACCUUCAACCUCUUCCCGUCACUGCCCUGCAUGACGAUGUACUUGAAGGAGUCUGUGCACAGCGGUUUUCUCACUUUAAUCCUGUCCAGACUCAGAUCUUUCAUACGCUGUAUAAUACUGAGCAUAAUGCGCUUGUUGGUGCUCCUACUGGUUCUGGUAAGACCGUUGCUGCUGAACUGGUGAUGUGGUGGGCUUUCCGUCAACAUCCCGGUACCAAGGUUGUUUAUAUUGCUCCUAUGAAAGCACUUGUCAAAGAGCGAGUAUUUGAUUGGAACAAGCGCUUGACUGGUCCCAUGAACAAGAAGCUGGUUGAAUUGACGGGCGAUGUGACCCCGGACCUCAAAACGAUUGAAUCGGCAGACAUUAUUAUCACAACUCCAGAAAAGUGGGACGGUAUUAGUCGUAGCUGGCAGACCCGUAGCUACGUGCGAAAAGUAUCGUGCGUCAUCAUUGAUGAAAUCCAUUUGCUCGGCGGCGAUCGUGGUCCUAUUUUAGAGGUCAUUGUGUCGCGUAUGAACUAUAUCGGCUCACAGCUGGAGCGUAAAGUGCGUAUCGUGGGUCUUUCGACGGCGUUGGCCAACGCGAACGAUUUGGCGGAUUGGCUUGGCAUUGAAAAGGUUGGCUUGUUCAACUUUAGACACUCUGUCCGUCCUGUUCCACUUGAGAUCUACAUUGAUGGCUUCCCUGGCAAGCACUACUGUCCGCGCAUGAUGAGCAUGAACAAGCCAACGUAUGCAGCGAUCAAGACGCAUUCACCAGCACAGCCAGUCAUUGUAUUUGUUUCUUCACGUCGACAGACGCGUCUCACUGCACAAGAUCUGAUUGCUUAUUGCGGUAUGGAAGAUAAUCCGCGUCAAUGGUUGCAUAUGGAUGACGAAGAGCUCGAGCUGUUGCUGGAUCGGGUCCACGAUGAAUCCCUCAAAAAUUCCCUGGCUUUUGGUAUUGGUCUCCAUCACGCUGGUUUGACCGAGGAUGAUCGUCGUAUUGUCGAAGAACUGUAUCUUAAGCUCAAGAUCCAGAUCCUGAUCGCGACAAGUACGCUUGCAUGGGGUGUCAACUUGCCUGCCCAUUUGGUUGUCAUCAAAGGCACCGAGUACUACAACUAUAAGGUCGGUCGCUAUGUCGACUACCCGAUCACCGACGUGUUACAGAUGAUGGGCCGUGCGGGUCGUCCCCAAUUCGACAACACCGGUAUUGCGCGCGUCUUUGUGCAGGACAGCAAAAAGAACUUUUUCAAGAAAUUCUUGCAUGAGCCUUUCCCUGUCGAGUCGAGUCUACACAAGUUCAUGGACGACCACAUUAAUGCCGAGAUCGUAGCAGGAACGAUAAAAACCAAGCAGGACGCGAUAGAUUACUUGACGUGGACAUACUUUUACCGUCGACUGCAGCAAAACCCAACCUACUACGGUUUGGACGAUAUGACACAAAAGGGUGUGGAGACAUUCUUGUCAGACACGAUCAAUGACGUGACGAACCGUUUGGCCGAGUCGAAUUGUGUAGAGGUCGAGGAUGACUUUGAACUAAUCCCGCUGAUAGCAGGUCGCAUUGCCUCAUACUACUAUCUUCGCCACCAAACAGUCCGCCACUUUAGGCAACGCUUGCACAAGGAUUCAGAAAUCGAUGAGCUUAUGGAUAUCAUGGGCUAUGUACCCGAGUAUGAGGAACUCCCGGCACGGUGCAACGAAGAUUUGCUGAACCAGGAGAUUGAAAAACACAUCCCAUACCCAGUGACAGGCACCCGCGAUUUCAAGAGCCCACAUAUCAAGGCAUAUGUGCUGACGCAGGCUCAUAUCAGCCGCUUAGAGCUGCCUAUUUCAGACUACAUUACGGAUCAGAUUACCGUUUUAGAUUCUGCAAUUCGUUUCUGCCAGGCUAUGAUCGAUGUUGCUGGCGAUGCUGGCUAUCUCACCACAUGCUUGAAGAUAAUGCAGCUGUUGCAAUGUAUCAAACAAGCUCACUGGCCAGAAGAAUCGACGUUGUUGACGCUGCCCAAGAUUAAGCCCAGAAUGCUUCGAGAAAUUCGAUACAAGAACAAAACACUUGGUUGCUUGGCUGAACUCACAGAGUUUUCGGACAACCAAAUAAAAAACAUUUUUGAGAAAGUGUCGGGCCUUUCAACCCAAGAUGUCAAUGAGAUCCGACGCGUCGUUUCACGCUUACCAGUUAUGGACAUGAAAGGCACGAUCGAAUCGAAAAAGCCAUACCUGAUACCUGAAACGACAUACAAGAUUCAAGUCCAGAUUCAACGGCUCGGCGGGAAAAAGAAAGGAGGAGGACCUGUGCAUGAUGGCCGAGUGUAUGCCCCCAAGUUCCCCAAACCACAGUACGAGUCGUGGUGGCUCGUAAUGGGUGAUUCCGAAACAGACGAGCUGCUGGCACUUAAGCGUAUCAGCAUGCGGAACGGACCCAACGAAACGCUGACCAACAGGGCAACGUCGCACAUCUCAUUCGACACACCUGUGCGACUCGGCAAGCAUCGCUACACGCUAUUCCUUAUCAGUGAUGGCUAUCUGGGACUCGAUCAGCAGAUGGACAUAGAAUUUGAGACAAGAGUUGAUUUGGAUUCAUGA